AUGUCCAACGCAGAAGACCACACACUCUGGUACCGCCAACCAGCCAACCUGUGGCAGGAUGCGCUCCCCAUCGGCAACGGGCGUCUGGGUGCAAUGGUCCGCGGAACCACAAAUACCGACCGACUCUGGAUGAACGAAGACUCUGCCUGGUAUGGCGGGCCGCAACAGCGCAUCAAUGCAUCCGCCAAACAGAGUCUACCGAAGAUUCGCGAGCUGCUUGGAGAGGGACGAAUCCACGACGCAGAGCGGCUUAUCUCGCGCACGUUCACGGCGAUGCCAGAGUCCGUUCGACACUAUGAGCCGCUUGGGGAUGUCUUCUUGAAUUUUGGGCAUGGGGUUGACCCCAAGGGGCCCGAUGUGACCGAUGCGGGGAUUACAGUAUUUAAUAGGCAAAGCCCAAACGUGGACGUGGUCGAGAACUAUACCCGCAAGCUCGAUCUUCGCACGGGGAUGGUGACGGUCGAGUAUGACUUUCGCCGUGUACGAUUCAAAAGGGAGUACUUCGCCAGUACGGUGCAUGAGGUGGUCUGUGUCCGACUAAGCGCAAGCCAGAGGGGCGCAUUGAACUUUACUAUGGCCAUCAGCCGGGGCGACGAUGACGAUCCGAACAGGCGACUGAACAAGACGUUUGAUAGACUUGUUCACAUUCCCCAGGGACUUUUGCUCGGUGGUAGUCUGGGAAAGGACGGUGUCAGCUUUGCUAUGGGUACGACUGUCCGCAUAGAAGGAUCAGGGUCGUUGGACGAGGAUGGCUUCGACCUUGCCGUCUCCGACGCUGAUUCUGCGCUCGUUUUCAUCGCGGGCGAGACGACUUUCCGGCACGAUGACGAGCAAACAGCCGUUCAUAGGCGUCUGGAAUUUGCUGUCAGCAAAUCAUGGGAAUGCCUGGUCUCCUCACAUCAACGGCGGUUCUCCCCGCUGUACGGUAGAGUCUCUCUCGAACUUCCGAAAGACGAUACCUUGAGCGCACUCCCAACAGACGACAGGCUACACGCCGUCCAAAAAGGCGGCGAUGAUCAAGGCCUCGUGUCCCUCCUAUUCCACUAUGGCCGCUACCUACUCAUCAGUAGUUCCCUCCAGGGCCUCCCCGCCAAUCUGCAAGGCAUAUGGAACAAAGAUGCAAUGCCCAUAUGGGGCUCGAAAUACACAAUCAACAUCAACACACAGAUGAAUUACUGGCCGGCCGAAGUAACAAACCUCGCCGAGACCCAUACUCCACUCUUUGACCUGCUCAAGCGGCUAAAAGUCCGAGGCGAGAAAACGGCAAGCGAAAUGUACGGCUGUCGCGGGUGGGUGAGCCACCACAACACGGAUAUCUGGGCUGAUACGGCACCUCAGGACCGCGUGGUCACAGCCUCGUACUGGAAUCUGGGCGGCGCAUGGUUGUCGCUGCAUCUCUGGGACCACUACCUCUUCGGUCUUGAUCGCGACUUCCUGCGUGAAGUGUUUCCGAUUAUGAAAGGUGCAGCUGAAUUUUUCGUGGACUUUCUGAUCGAGAAGAACGGCCUACUUGUAACGUCACCGAGCAUAUCGGCUGAGAACUCAUACUUCAUUCCCGGCACGCAGGACGUGACCUGUAUUACCGAAGGCGCUGCGUGGGACUCGCAGAUUUUGCGCGAGCUCUUCGGUGCGGUUAUCCAGGCUGGCGAGGUCCUCAGUGAGGCGACAGAUGAAUUCGCUUCAGUGCUGCCCAAGCUCCCAGAGCCGCAGGUCGGAUCCCAAGGCCAGAUAUUGGAGUGGCAGGAGGAAUACGAAGAGCCCGAGCCCGGCCACCGGCACAUCUCACACCUCUGGGGAUUGUUCCCGGGCACAUCCAUCCGCGGUGAGAAUCUUCACAACGCAGCUAAAAUCACCUUGGAGCGUCGUCUCGCUGGCGGAGGCGGACAUACGGGUUGGAGCGCUGCGUGGAUUCUCUGCCUUUACGCGCGCCUGCAAGAUGCCAUGGGCGCUCAAGACAUAUUGGCAAAAAUGAUGCAGCAUGCCAUCUUAGAUAACCUUUUUGCCAACCAUCCGCCGUUCCAGAUCGAUGGGAACUUUGGCCUUGUCGCUGGAAUUGCGGAGAUGCUCUUGCAGAGCCACGAGGAGAAUGUAAUCCGCCUUCUGCCCUGUUUACCGCCGAAAUGGGACAGUCGCGGUACGGUGCGGGGGUUGAGAGCUCGGGGUUGCGUGACGAUCGAUCUCGCCUGGAAAAAAGGCAAACUAGAGUCAGCUCGGCUCUUGUCAACGAUUGACCAGGAUCGGACUUUGAGACUUGAGACGUGUACGCUCUUGUCGGGAGGUCCAGAGCGGGUGGUCAACUUACGGGCAGGGGUUCCUCUUGAGUUGACGGGGGACUGGUAG